CAAUCCACCACCAUCACCCAACUCAUCGCCAGUAGUCACCAUGAAGCUGCGCUACUUGAUUCUACUCAAAACCCUCGCCAUCGGCGUCAUCCCAUCCUCCCAUCCCAACACAAACGACCAAACCACCCUGACUGAAUUCAUCGAAAAAGAAACCUCCAUCGCCUGGCAGGGAAUCCUCAACAACAUCGGAGCCGACGGAGCAUUGGUCCAAGGCGCCCAUCCAGGCAUCGUCGUCGCCUCGCCCUCCAAAUCCAACCCAGACUACUUCUACACCUGGACUCGCGAUGCGGGGUUGACCAUCCCAGCCAUCGUCGCUCGCCUCACCCAACCCGCCAACGAUGAUCACGCCCUCGACCGCAUCCUCCAACAAUACGCCACCUCGCAAGCCACCCAACAAGCCAUCUCCAACCCUUCCGGCUCGCUCACCGACGGCACCGGUCUCGGCGAGCCCAAAUUCCACGUCAAUCUGACCGAAUUCACCUCCCCGUGGGGCCGCCCGCAGCGCGACGGACCACCCUUGCGCGCCUCCGCCCUGAUCGCCUACGGGAACCACCUCCUCACGACCGGGCAGACGACCACCUUGGCCGUCGCAUCCAACCUUUGGCCGAUCGUGCGCAACGACCUGGCGUACGUCACUCAGUACUGGAAUGAGAGCACCUUUGACCUGUGGGAGGAAGUGCGGGGAUCCUCGUUUUUCACAACCGCCGUCCAGCACAAGGCCCUCGUCGAGGGCGAAGCGUUCGCCCACGCGCUGGGCGAGGACUGCCGGGGUUGUGCGCACAUUGCACCCCAGAUCCUCUGCCAUCUCCAGGAGUAUUGGGACGGAGGGGCCCGGGCAGUGAGAACGAACCUUCCGACGAGUGGGCGCUCCGGACUGGAUGCGAAUUCGAUUCUCGCGGCCGUGCAUACCUUCGACCCGGAGGCGCCGUGCAGUCUGGAGGACAGGGGCACGUUCCAGCCGUGCUCGUCCCGAGCGCUGGCGAAUCAUAAGGCUUUCGUGGACUCGUUUCGCGCUCUAUAUGGCGUAAAUCGAGGGCGGGGAGUCGGGACGGCGGCGGCGGUGGGUCGCUACGCGGAGGAUGUUUACCAGGGGGGACAUCCAUGGUAUCUUACGACACUGGCUGCAGGCGAGCAGUUAUAUGAUGCUCUCUAUCAGUGGGAUCGGCAGGGGGUCAUUGCGGUAACCGCAGUCUCUCUGCCUUUCUUUCGGGACCUCGUCCCCGGGAUCAUCCCGGGAUCUUAUUUUAACUCUUCGGACGAAUACGUGACCAUCCGUGAUGCGGUGAGACAGUAUGCAGACGGAUUCCUUUUGGUGGUUCAGGAAUAUACACCGGAGGGCGGAGGUCUGGCGGAGCAGUUCGACCGGGACAUAGGGAGGCCGGUGUCAGCGGUUGACCUGACGUGGUCGUUUGCUGCAUUUUUAACGGCGACCGCGCGGCGGAGGGGGGAGGUGCCUCCGUCCUGGGGGGCGUUGGGGGCAGGCCCGGCUCCGGCGCCGUGCCGCGCGACGAGUAUCCCUGGUCACUAUGCUACGCCGGUUGUAGGGUCGUGGCGGGUGCAUGAUGAGCUGAGAUGAGAGGUUGAUUACACGUGAGGUGGUGGUGAGUGAUUGGGUGUAAACUGGUGGGUUAGCAGGAAUGAGGGCAAACCAUAUCGUUCUCGAUUUCACACGAUCAUUGUCGUCGUCUGUCUUCCUGCUUAGAUAGCUUCAGUGGCUUCAACUGCCACCAUCUUCUCUCUCCUCAGGUAUUGCGGAGAGGGCAUCUCCGCUCGGCAUUUUUGAUGCUUGUACAACCCCUUAUUCUUAUCCUCAGAAUGACAGCACGUAGCCAGGGUGCCUUAAUGGAUUGGUG